AUGGACUCCAGAAUAUCAACAGGCUUUGAGGUAUUUGAAAAGGUAUUUGUCAAGUCCUCUGUUACUAUGGAAACUGGAAGAAAGCGAAAAACUAUUGGUCUACUUAGUAGCCCUGGAGGUAGCGGGCUCGAAUUGGCCCCAGAACUGGACUUUGAGAUCAUAAAAAUCAAAUGUGACUCCCAGUUGGUGGUUAAUCAGGUCUACGAGAUCUUCCAAGCCAAGGAGGAAUGCAUGCAACAAUACGUAAUGAAGGUUCAGGCUUUGCUCGCUCGGUUCCGAGAGUGGUCAAUCACGCAUAUCCCGAGGGAAGAAAAUGCAGAAGCAGAUGCAUUAGCUAACCUUGGCUCGUCUACAAAAUGA